ACUGUUGCCACUCUCUCUCUGGUGAUUAUUCCACACGCUCCCCAAGCGGCGCGUGAGAAAUCACUGUUCCUUAUUAGCUCUAAGAGAGCCUAAAGGGGACCAGUGGAAGGAGCAAUGUCCAGUGCUCACCGUUCACUUCUUUGGCGCGCCGGUGACGGAAUUUAAUACCGAUCUGCCUGCCUCUCUACCGAAUUGUUUCUGUCGCCUCUUCAUCCAAACUCGAUUAUUAGAUUCAGUGUUCUGGAUUUCGAUUCUCUGUUGUUCCUAUGAAGUUUUAGGUUUUUCAACAUCAGAAAGACUGGUUGAUUAUGCUCGAGAAGAAAUCAUAUAGGGUCUUUUAGCUUGCCUAGAUUUUUCUGCUGCUGGGCACCAAAAUGCUGGGGAGAACUUCGUUGCCUGCUAAUUAGAUGCAUAAAUUGAUGACCUUCCCGGGGGCAUGAUAUUGUGAACCAUUGAGGUAGUUUCAAAAGGAUAACCAUGGAGGCACGCCCUGCUUUAUCUAUUCAGAGAUCAGGUGCAAAACAGAUAAGUAAUCAUGGGCUUUCCGCAGCUUUAUCUUCAUCUUUGCCAGUCCUGCCAACCUCUAUAGAAGAGACAUGCCCCAAAUUGUCAAACUCUCAACAAGUUUCCUUGGAAGGGGGUCUUAUGACAAAGCCUAUUGCCCAUGCAAGUCAAUUACCCUCUAACAGUGGAGUAGUUGGCCAUCUGUUCUCAUCAUCUGCAGGCUUCUUAUCGGACCUUCAGUACUCUUCUGUUUCACCCCAGGAGAAACAAUCUGGGAAUGCUCCUUUCAUUUCUCAAUCAUCAACAAAUGUGACAGCUUUGACACUGCCACAAUCUUCACAUUCAGGAUUGCUUCAAUCCACAAAAUCAAGUCAGUAUGCCAAGGAAACCAAUGCUUCAUGGUGUCCAGAGUCAAUGCCGGGUUUUCUUGAUCUUCCUGUAAAUAACCCUGUCCAAAAUAAUCAAGUAGAAAGCAAUAGUUGUAGUGGUGUGAUUGUGUCCGAGGAAUUUAGUAAACGAAAUGAUUGGCAGGAAUGGGCAGACCAGCUUAUUACUGAUGAUGAUGCUUUGACAUCUAACUGGAGUGAGCUUCUAAUUGACACCAGUGUUGUAGAAGUGGAACAAAAGAUGGCAUAUCAGGUGUCAAAACCAUCUUCAAAUGUUCUAUCUCAGCAGCCCCAAGUUCAUCAACAGCUUCCUGCUCCAUCUGGAGAGAUUCAUCCUGUUCUUACCCCUACUUCCUCAACCAAUAAUGUGCCAUCCAAGCCACGCAUGCGCUGGACACCAGAGCUUCAUGAAGCCUUUGUGGAGGCUGUUAAUCAGCUUGGUGGCAGUGAAAGGGCUACUCCAAAAGGUGUGUUGAAGCUUAUGAAAGUUGAUGGCUUGACCAUCUAUCAUGUAAAAAGCCAUUUGCAGAAGUAUAGGACUGCCAGAUAUAGACCAGACUCGUCAGAAGGAUCGUCAGAGAAAAAAUUCACUCCUAGAGAAGAAAUAUCAUCUCUUGACUUGAAGACGGGUAUUGAGAUUACUGAAGCUCUGCGGUUACAGAUGGAAGUUCAGAAACGGCUGCACGAACAGCUUGAGAUUCAACGAAAUUUACAGUUACGAAUUGAAGAACAAGGGAGGUACCUCCAAAUGAUGUUUGAGAAGCAGUGCAAAUCAGGUUCCGACAAGCUGACGGCUUCAUCAUCUGCCAUGGAGAACACUUCAGCUAUAUCUUCUGAUGCAAUCCAUGAUUCCCCUGCAAAAAAUGAAAUGGAAGCCUCUCAGUUAGACCAUGACAAAACAAACUGUAACCCACUUGAUGCCAAGUCCAUGGUGGAAGAAGGGUCACAUGAUCCAAGUGAGAAGCAAAAGGCUCCUGAAGUUGACGGUUCUGAAAAUCCCCAGCCAGAUAAUUGCGAGUCAAGUUCACCAUCUGCUAAACGUCGGAGAACAGAUGCCUGAGCCCAUCAGCAUUUCACUGACGAGGGACAUUGAUUUGGCGGAAGAUUUAUAAUCAUAGUUAGGGACAGAACCUAGAUGAUGACUGUAAUAGAGCUUUAGAACUUUGAGAUCUUCCUGCUGUUUUUAUCAUGUCCUUGUCAUAAUUUGGUUGUGCACAUUUAUUUAAUCCAUAAACAAGGUGGAUAUAUGAGAAAAAGGGUAAAUUAGUUUUUCUUGUCAA